AUGGCAAGCAUUGCUGGUACAUGUCCUUUAGGAACUUUGCUCAGAAACAAUGUCUCAGAAAACAAUAGGAAGAUGUCGGUUGUUCAUUAUGAGGGGCUUAGACUGCAAAUGCCUUCUUCACUUAGAACUAUUCAAAGCCACUACAUUUCAGCUUCUUCAGCUCCAAGAUGCAGAACAAUCAAGGCCAUGGCUUCCCCAACAGUUGCAGCACCAAAGAGAGAAAAAGAUCCAAAAAAGAGGGUAGUUAUAACAGGAAUGGGUCUUGUGUCAGUCUUUGGCAGUGACAUCGAUGCAUUUUACAACAAACUUCUUGAGGGAGAAAGUGGGAUAAGCCUAAUAGAUAGGUUUGAUGCCUCAAGUUUCUCUGUCCGAUUUGGAGGUCAGAUACGUGAUUUCUCUUCCGAAGGCUACAUUGAUGGCAAGAAUGAUCGGCGCCUUGAUGAUUGCUGGAGGUAUUGCAUUGUUGCAGGCAAGAGGGCACUCGAUGAGGCCAACCUUGGACAACAAGUCCUUGACACUAUGGACAAAACAAGAAUAGGAGUUCUGGUGGGCACAGGAAUGGGAGGUUUAACGGCUUUCUCUUCUGGUGUGGAAGCUCUUAUCCAGAAGGGAUAUAAGAAAAUUACUCCAUUUUUCAUUCCCUACUCCAUCACCAACAUGGGUUCUGCUUUGUUGGCUAUAGACACAGGCCUAAUGGGUCCAAAUUAUUCCAUUUCCACUGCUUGUGCAACAGCAAAUUACUGCUUUUAUGCGGCUGCUAAUCACAUUAGAAGAGGUGAAGCGGAUAUAAUGGUGGUUGGUGGGACUGAGGCCGCAAUCAUGCCUACUGGUGUUGGAGGUUUCAUUGCUUGCAGGGCUUUGUCUCAGAGGAAUGAAGACCCCAAGAAGGCUUCAAGACCAUGGGACAAAGAUCGUGAUGGUUUUGUAAUGGGUGAAGGCUCUGGUGUGCUGAUAAUGGAGAGCUUGGAGAGUGCAACAAAAAGGGGAGCCAGAAUAAUAGCAGAAUAUUUGGGAGGUGCCGUAACAUGUGAUGCUCAUCACAUGACUGAUCCAAGAUCUGAUGGACUAGGAGUUUCAUCUUGCAUAACCAAGAGUUUAGAAGAUGCUGGAGUUUCUCCUGAAGAGGUGAACUAUGUGAAUGCACAUGCCACAUCAACAUUGGCUGGUGACCUGGCUGAGGUUAAUGCAAUCAAAAAGGUUUUUAAGGACACAUCAGAGUUGAAAAUGAAUGCAACUAAGUCAAUGAUUGGUCAUGGUCUUGGGGCUGCUGGUGGUUUGGAAGCCAUAGCAACUAUCAAAGCCAUAACAACUGGCUGGGUGCAUCCAACCAUUAACCAAGAUAACUUGGAGCCUAGUGUUACAAUUGACACUGUCCCCAACGUUAAGAAGCAGCAUGAAGUUAAUGUUGGUAUAUCCAACUCAUUUGGAUUCGGGGGACACAAUUCAGUAGUUGUCUUUGCCCCAUUCAGGCCAUAA